UGACUCUCACUUCAUUAAAUUAAUUGCCUCAAAGCGUUCGGUGCGUUCAUCACGUACUCGUUCUGUAUGAAUUAAUACGGUCCAGUUAAUAUGUCGGAAGAAGCCGCGAAUUCUAAUUCAUCACCUGCUAGUGUUUGUGCGGAAUGUCAGCAACCGGCGAACUUAAAGUGUUCGGGUUGCAAACUCGUGUCUUAUUGCUCUAAAGACCAUCAGAAGAAUAAUUGGCAAGUGCAUAAAACGCUAUGUCGACCAUUUGAGAUACAAACAUCACCGGAUCUGGGCAAGCACUUAAUUGCCACUAGAGACAUACAACCGGGCGAUAUGAUAUUGUGCGAGAGUCCCUUGGUUUACGGACCACGGCCCCAUAUAGUAGAAGCAGGACCUGUCCCUUGCGUCGGCUGCUUCAAAUUGAUUAUGUGCGAACAAUCUCCUCGUUGUGAUGGUUGCGGCUGGCCAGUCUGCCAUUCGUCUUGUCAAGGGCUGAAAGAUCCAACAAAUCACGGCCUUGAAUGUUUAAUACUCGGCCUUCGGCCAGAGGGAGCGAUCAACAAUUUCCACGAUUUUUACAGGCAGGAUACUUUAAUGGUUGUUCGCUGUUUGCUGCUGCAAAAGAAGGGACAGAAAAAGUGGGAGCAACUUAUGGAACUGGAACCACAUUUAGAAGCAAGGGGAAGAGGUACUGACGUAUACAAGAAUGUGGAAGAACGAAUUGUGAAUUAUCUAGAAGACAAUUUCCUCAGUAGGUUAAAGGAUUUGGAAAGGAAAGCUGAACGUGAUUUGCUACCUGAAGCGUCUGCAAGCGUAAUUCAUCGCAUCGCGGGUAUUCUCGAUGUGAACGCUUUGGAAAUUAACCAAGACGCCGAACUGUCAGCAGUUUAUCCGACAACUAGCUUAUUGGAACACAGUUGUAUUUGUAACACGUACCACGUCUUCGAUGAUGCAUCACAGAACUAUAAAAUUACUGUAAGAGCAGCGGUACCCAUAAAAAAAGGUGAACAUAUAUCAACAAUGUACACGCACGCCCUUUGGGGUACGCAGGCCCGCAGGGAACACUUGAAAGAAACCAAAUACUUCUCGUGCAACUGUCGCCGAUGUAAAGACCCAACUGAACUUGGAACUUACCUCAGUGCGCUUAAAUGUAUUGGAGUCGAUGACAGACCCUGCGGAGGCAACCAACUUGCAAUAAAUCCCUGCGAUCCGAAUACAGAAUGGGCCUGUGAUAAGUGCGAGGUUAAACUUACAAACGAUGAAGUCGCCUAUCUCGUUAACAAAAUUGGCGAGGAAGUCGAUUACGUCCAACUCAGCAAUCCGACCGUGAAGGAAAUGAGGGAACUCCUAACGAAGAUCCUUACCUUCCUACAUCCCCACCACUACCAUAUCUACUCCGUUAAACAUUCACUGUUACAAUUAUACGGUUACCAACAGGGCUACUUACCGAACCAGAUAAGCGACGAGUUACUUAUUAAGAAGUCGGAAAUGUGUCGGGAGCUAAUCGAGGUCACAAAAACAGUGGAUCCGGGUAACGCCAGGUUAACGUUGUAUUCAGGAGUUUUAUACCACGAGCUUUUCUUGGCCAACGCGUUCUACGUUAAACGGAAGUGGCACGUGGAGGACAAGAAGCAGAUGGUUUUGCUGGUUGAGGAAGCCGUAAGCGCUCUAGCGGAGGCCAAGCAGAUUUUGAAAAACGAAAGUUCAUCUCACGUGUGGAAUGGCUUGAGUGACGUUGAGGUGCCUGAUGACGGAGGUAGUACAAAGGUCCCGAAUUUGAGCCCUAAGUACGCGUCCACCCUUAAUCCAGAGAGCUUAGGAGAUACGGGGGAAAACGUCGAUCGCGGCCGCACAGCUCCAAGGAACAUCAUAGCAGUUGUAACGAGCGUCAACUCCUCUGGGCUUUAUAAACUAGGCACGAAGAAGGGCGAACUUCAACGGCUUUGUUCUCGAAACGAGUUCACGCCUGUUAACACGUUCAUGGAUGAGAACGACGUACCAACGAAUACGGUAACCAUCAGGACCGCUUCAGGGAAAUCGUCGGGAAGCACACAGGGGUUUGUCAGCUGCAAUUGCAAGCGAUACUGCAGCGACAAAAAGUGCAAGUGCAAAUCCAAAGACGUGAAAUGUAACUCAAAAUGCCACUCCAACAGCUCUUGCAAAAAUAAAUAA